CCAGAGUUCGGGAGAGAGUUAGUUGGGAAUCAUGGCGGGUAGAAUGUCAUUUCAUUGCCACAGGACUACUCUGGGUUUCCCGGGAACGAAUGCGAUAGUUUUGCUUAUUAUUUGCAUCCUAACGGGUGUCGGCUCUAAUGAGGUGAUAGUAGAUCCCCGAGUGACAGCCGUGUUGGGGAAGAACAUCACGCUGAUGUGCACGGUGGAGGUGGGCCGGAACCUGAGCUUGACACAGACCUCCUGGGAGAGGAAGCACAACGGGAGCACCCUCACGCUAGCCGUCUUCAAUCCCAUCUACGGCAUCUCGAUUGCAGAAGACUACAAGAAGAGGCUGUUCUUCAAGGACCCCUCCAAUGAAGAUGCCACCAUUGUGUUGGAGGAUGUGGGGUUUGCUGACACUGGAGUGUACACCUGCAAGGUGGCAACCUUUCCUCUGGGCAACACGCAGGCCUCCACCAUGGUCACUGUGAUGGUGGAGCCCAAGGUGUACGUGUCAGCAGGCUCUGCGCCCCUGAUCGAUGGUGGCAACGAAACGGUGGUGGCGACGUGCACGGCAGAGAGAGGCAAGCCCCGCGCGGAGGUGUCCUGGGAGUCUGAUCUGUUUGGGCGUCCGGUGGUCAAAUACAUCGACGAGGCCAAUGGCACUAGCACGAUGGAGGUGCAGUACAGAUGGAAGCCGACGCGGCUUGUGCAAGGCAGGAAGCUCACUUGCGUGGUUCGGCACCCGGCCUUGGAGACGGAGUUCAGAAUUCCUUAUGUCCUCAAUGUGCAGUAUGCACCUGUUAUUCAGAUAAAAGGGUAUGACAAUAAUUGGUUUGUUGGCAGAGAAAAUGUUCAGCUUGUGUGUCAAGCUGAUGCCAACCCUCCACCAGCAAGAUACAUCUGGACCAGGCUAGAUAAAGACUUGCCUCCGGGUGUGCAAAUAGUUAAUGGUACCCUGAGUUUCAAUAGAGCACUGGACCGCAAUGACUCUGGGAUAUACCAGUGUGACGUGGCAAAUGAUAUCGGACAUCAGCACAAACAGAUGGAUAUUAGCAUUCAAGAUGUGCCCUCUCACCAGACAUCCUCUGUGGCAGUUGCUGGCGCUGUGAUUGGAGCUGUGCUUGCACUCUUCCUCAUUGCUGUUUUCAUCAUCGUGCUGGUGACACCCAGGAAGAGAGAGCCUUCGUAUCUGGACAAAGUAAUUGAUCUCCCGCCGACACACAAACCCCAUCCCACAUACAUGGAGAGGACCGUGUCCAUUCCCCUGACUGCCAGCACAGUUCCGUCCAGGGUAAUGGACAGACAUUGUAUAGUUCAAGAUACAAUGAUACCAGACUUCCAUGAGCAUAGAAGUCCAAAACUUGAGCAACUCUCAUACCACGAGUGGAUCUGUCACAACAGUGGCUCCGAAAGAGUAUACAUCAAUCACCGGGAGCAUUAUGUGUGAAGACCAAGGAAGAUGUUCCUACAGUGGACAUUCAGCAGAGAGAAUCAGAUGGGAAAGAACAGGAAAAUGCCAUUAUUUGACCUGUGACUUUCACAGUGAAGGCUCAGUACAGGGUACAGGUGUUAGCCUAGAUGAGUUUCAGAAUUAGAUGUUAAGUUCUAGAGUGUACUGUAAAACGUAACUCUUUUAUUUUUGUAAUGACACAAUAAGAACUGCCAAUUCAACUGAAGCUUUGUACAUAUUUUAUAUUUUUUCAUUUUAGUUUUUUUCUUCAGUCAUGUAAAUAUGUUUUAGACUUUAAAAACCUUUACAUUGUUUAGGAAGCUUAGAACACAGAAUAUUUUACCAUGUUUUUUACUGUGCCCAAAGUAGAUUAUAAUGUUUCAGACAGAAUUCUGCAACCAAAGCAACAAUUCAAUAAAAAAAUGGAGGAUGACAACAAACCUUGAUCUGUCUUUGAAAGCUUAAUGUGAAUCCAUAGGGUCUGGCUUGUCAGCUUGUUGUUGUUCACUAGGAUCUCUUCAAGAUGAAAAAUAAGAAAUCAGUUUGUUCCACGGUGAAGGUGUUUGUGCAGUGCCUUAUAGCUUGACUCCAGAAUAGCUCAUAACUGCAAAACCAAGGAGCUCUGUCAUAAUAAAAUGAAUGACCUUUGCAUAACUGUAGCAAAAUACUAAGCACGAGCACAUCCAUACAUCUGGGCCCUUUGCAGAAUUUAGAGUCUGGAGCAGAGAGUCAUGCAGAAGGUCACUGUUUGUACCAUGAAACAUUAAAAUGUUGAGGGGGGAAUUAUGUUUUGAAAUGGCAGGGUCCAGUAUCCUCAUUGGAAGAUACUACAUCCAUUUUAAUAACAAUGCACAUAUUAGAUUUUUAAAUAAAAUAAUAACAGUAUUCAAGGAGCCAGUAUCUUGGUGAAUAUAUAUCCCUAGUUUUACUGUCUUCUUUUGGGACAGGUUUUUAUAUGACAGGUAAUGGAGGUACAGCUUUGAAUUCAGGUGUGUGUGGCUCCCUUUCUUAGUAACACCAUCAUUCAUGUUAUAUAAUUUUAUGGACGUGGUGUACUUUUUGGGUGUCAGUGGAAUGUAGUGUAGCUUGUUGAACGACAUUGACUCUGUAAGGUCUGAAGAACACUGAAACGCAGAAUGGGAACUGCAGGAUAAAGAGAAGGGAAGGAGGGUGAUAAGGUAUUUCUAUUCUAAUUUUACACUAUUGCUAUUGUAUGUUGAUGUGAUUUUCUUCAUCUGUUUUUGUAAAUGAGCUUUGGAAUCCAGGGAACAUAAUUUCUGAACAGUUAAUGAUGUCCGCUGUUAACUGUGGCAAUUUCAUAGAAUUAUAGCUUAAUUAAAUGUGGUAUAAGGAAAUGGUAAUAAAACUAAAUCAGUCAGUCAAUUGUCAUUAUUAUCAAGUGUAAACAUGGUUAUGACUAGAUACUUAAAGAGUGAUUGAAAUGGCUUCUUGGUACACACACAUGCAGAAUAGAUUUACUGAAUUUUCAGUACAGGAAAAUUAAGCAACUUAUUUUUCCUUCAAACAAAACCUCUGAGAAACUUUUGUCAGUUCACUGUAGGUGGUACAAUAUACAGAUAUCACUCUAUUCAUAAAAUUCUCUUUUAAACGAUGCCAGGAAGUCUUUUCUCUAUUCAGACUUACCUCUGGCUUUCUGGUAUAGAGGAUUAGGCCCUCUUGUUUGCCAUGUGUGAUUGUACAGUAGCAUCAGUCUAAGACUUAAACUCCUGCUUCUUUGGAAUUUAGUUUUUUUUCUUGUAACCUGCCUUAAGAUCAAUCUUUAUUACAAAUGCUACAUAAACAAAAAGGUAUUAUAAACUACAAAACUGCAUAAAAUAUGUAAAACAUAAAAUAUAUUGUGUUGUUUUAUAUAUGUCGUACAUGAAAAGUUACAUGUAAGACAAGGCUAUUCACGUGUUUUAGAAAGCUGAUGGCAACGAUUUAAAAAGAGAACCUCGUAUUUUCACAUCUUUUCUAACAAAAGAAUUGGUAUGUUGUUGAUUGUUUCUUAAUUUGAAAUUUGUCCAUUGAGUUUUAUUUCUUCCAAAUAGAAAUUGCCAAAGCUCAAAAAGCUUUGUUGAGCCAUCUGUUGUUUUCACACUUUGAGAUUAAAGCUGCUCACAAGCAUAGUUAAUUUCACUUGAUGGAAUGAUCUAGUCCUCAUCAUUACUAUCAUAUUAUUCACUUAACAAAUAGUCUUAUCCAGGAUGACUUACACAGGAUACACAUUCUGCGAGGCACUUAAAACACAGUGUCAUCUGCUUAUGUGAUCAUGCAGUAAAUCAUAUGAUUUUUGUUGUCAAUCUGAAUGUAAAAGGUUUUUUUCAGUUCUUUAACUGCCUUGAAGACAGAUGGACAUAAAGCACAGCAGUUCACAAAUUGCAUAGAUUGCCAUUGUUUGGGAACAUCAUGAUUCAUAUGUCGACACUGUAAUAACAAUACUCUAGGGACAAGACCUAUUAUUUCACUUAAAAUUAAUUAUUUAAGAUUUCUAACAAUCGUUGUGUGCCUUGACCAAGCAGUUGGUGCCUUUCUCUAAAUGCAGAGGAACGUGGCUAAAGAGGCCCAUCUGAUUAGAGACAUUGUAAAGCUGAAUCAAUGCUGUACAUUUAAUUACAUAUAACACAGAUGGACUCCAACAAGUCUCAAGGUUUCUUCCCAAAACCAUAGAUCAAUUGUCACUAUCCAUCACCCAAGGGAAGUUCCACACCAGUUCCCCAACUGGGGAUCUGUAGUGUGUGUACUAGAUGUACUGUAUGCUGAUAGCAUCUCAGCCAAUCACCAAGUAGUGAUGUCAUACAGUACCUUAAAAGCAAGAACACAACACAUUUUCACCAGUUAAUGCACAGACUUGAAAACUCUCUCAAUGUAAACUGGCAAACUGACCUUUACAACCACAUGACUGCUAGCAGUCCAAAACAGGUCUUAAACAUUUCUCCAAGAAGCCUGUCAGAGAGAGGAAGUCAGUAAAGUAUAGAAUUCCAACAUAUGUUUCCUGAAACAGAAGAAAUCCUGUGUUUGUGAACAAACUGUUAUUUUUGCCUGAUCAACAAACUUAGAAAGCUGGUCUCUUUGUUGACAUCCAGAAUAUUUGUGCAUAUAUUAAAACUAUAG